GAUCCCUUCUGUGCCGACAACAACUCCAUUCCUUUCCCAGAGUCGUUGUCGCUCGCUCCGUCUCUUCUUUCUUCUGGAUGAUUUAAUAAUUUUGAUUCCUUUGUUUUCAAUUGCCCAACAUGAGUUCCCUACGGUUUCUCGACCUCGUCAAGCCCUUCGUGCCGUUCCUCCCUGAGGUGCAGCAGCCCGAGACCAAGAUUCCCUUCAACCAGAAGUUGAUGUGGACUGGCUUGACCCUCCUGAUCUUCUUGGUCAUGAGCCAAAUGCCGCUUUACGGCAUUGUCUCGUCCGACACGUCCGAUCCGCUAUACUGGCUGCGCAUGAUGAUAGCGAGUAAUCGUGGUACCCUGAUGGAGCUCGGUAUCACGCCCAUCAUCUCGUCUGGCAUGGUCUUCCAGCUCCUUGCUGGUACCCACAUGAUCGACGUCAACCUUGACCUCAAGUCCGACCGCGAGCUGUAUCAGACCGCCCAGAAGCUCUUUGCGCUUAUCCUUUCCGUCGGCACCGCCACCGUUUACGUCUUCACCGGUCUCUACGGCCCUCCCAGCGAGCUUGGUGCCGGCAUCGUCUUCCUGCUCAUCUUGCAGCUGGUUAUUGCUGGCAUGAUCGUCAUUCUUCUUGACGAGCUCCUCCAGAAGGGCUACGGCCUUGGCAGCGGUAUCUCCCUCUUCAUUGCCACCAACAUCUGCGAAUCGAUCAUGUGGAAGGCUUUCUCCCCCACCUCGAUCAACACUGGCCGUGGCCCCGAGUACGAGGGUGCUGUCAUCGCUCUCUUCCACCUCCUCAUGACCUGGCCCAACAAGCAGCGGGCGCUCCAGGAGGCGUUCUACCGCCAGAACCUGCCCAACAUCAUGAACCUGCUCGCCACCCUCGUCGUCUUCGCCGCUGUCAUCUACCUUCAGGGCUUCCGCGUCGAGAUUCCCGUCAAGUCCUCGCGCCAGCGUGGCGCUCGCGGCUCGUACCCCGUCCGCCUUUUCUACACCUCCAACAUGCCCAUCAUGCUGCAAUCGGCUCUGUCCUCCAACAUCUUCCUGAUCAGCCAGAUGCUCUACUCGCGCUUCUCUGAGAACCUGCUGGUCCGCCUCUUCGGCGUCUGGGAGGCUAAGGAUGGCUCAUCGCAGCUCUCUGCGGUUUCCGGCCUCGUCUACUACAUGUCCCCUCCGCUGAACUUCAAGGAUGCCCUGCUCGACCCCAUCCAUACCGCGGUCUACAUCGCCUACAUGCUCACUGCCUGCGCCGUCUUCUCCAAGACCUGGAUUGAGGUGUCUGGCUCGAGCCCCCGCGAUGUUGCCAAGCAGCUCAAGGAUCAGGGCCUGGUCAUGGCCGGCCACCGCGAGCAGAGCAUGUACAAGGAGCUCAAGCGCAUCAUUCCGACCGCUGCCGCCUUUGGUGGUGCCUGCAUUGGCGCUCUCUCCGUCGCCAGCGACCUUAUGGGUGCCCUCGGUUCCGGAACUGGAACUCUUCUGGCCGUCACCAUCAUCUACGGUUAUUUCGAGAUUGCUGCCAAGGAGGGUGAUCUGUCCGGUAUGAAGGGCAUGAUCAUGGGCUGAGCGUGCUAGAGGCACGCUCUCGCAGCUAGCUGCACUAUCCAUUCCAUAAACCGGCUGUCUCUUCCGCCCGGUUUCUGCGAUGUCGAUUCUGUCUGUAAUUGCCUGCGAAGGCAAGCGAUGGCUGUCCUGUAAAAUAGCAAAUUCAGGUGGAACCAUAAAGGGAGGCUUCUUAAAAGCGGGCGGGUUGUUUUUGCAUCUUGGCGGGCAGUCGACCCAGCAGGUCUUCAAUAUCGAAUUUACGAGGCUCAGGCGCCCAGGGUGCUUCAUAGAAUUCAACGCCUUGAGAACCCUCGCGUGUUGCCUGAUAUAAUCCAUAUAUAUAUAACGUAUGCCUGCUAG